ACUCUUCUGUCUCUCUCUUUCUUGGGAUUAUAAACAUGCCCUUGGGCAAGGUUCUUCUUUCCCAUUCUUCUUCUACAACUUCUUCACACCCACUUUCUCUCUAUCAAAAACCCAAUACAGAAAAGGAAAAAAAAAAAGUCACCAAUAAAUGUACACUUCUCCUGUUUUAAUCUUUAUUUAUCUGGAAAUUCAGUUGUUAUAGUAUAUAUAUUUCUGACAUGAUCUGGACGGAGAUUUUGAUUUGAUUGAAUUAUAUGGAAGAUCAUCUUUGAAAUUACUUAUCCAUCAGAAUCCUUGCUCAACUUUUCUUUUGGCAGAGAGUAUCACUCUGUUCGAGUAUGAAUUCUUGUUGCUUCAUCGCUUGCUGGUUGGGAGGUAAACAAAUCCGGGCUACCCGUUAUGGUUGGAUAGUGAUGGUGUGUUUGGCAUUCUCUACUCAGUCCCAUAAAGGAGUUGUAUGUGAAAUGUGGAUGCCUUUGGUGGAUGCAUAGUACUUUCUCCUUUAUAGUAAGGAAAAAGUUUUGUGGGAUUCAUUUACAUUUGAUUGUCAUGCUCUUUCAGCUUUCAUUCAACUACAUUGAUAGGAUUAGGAGUCUGGAAUCUGUUUUCAGUAGUUAGUUAGAGGAGCAGUUUCUAAUCUGUUAGCAAAGUUGAGCCGGUGGCAAUUUAUGUUGUGAAAUUAAAAUGCUGCUCUUGUAAAACAGAGAGAAGGGAGUGGUAAUUUAUUCAGCUGUGCUGGAUAAGUAGAUAUUAGUUUCUUCAAAUUUUAGUUAUGGGUUUGCCACAAGUUUCCUCUACUGAUAGUGCUAAUGAAAUUCCAGCAGCGUCGUUGGGCACUUUUUUGCAAAGCCCACUGCAAUAUGCUGGCAUAAGUGGAUUGGGUGGAGGAAAUAUUGGCCGAACAGUUGGGCAUGCUAGGACUUCCUCAUUAGGAAAUUUCCAGGGGAAACCCUCCUUGGAUCUUUCGAAAUAUUCAGAGAAUUCAUUUGAAUUUGGAAGGGCAGUGGAUGUUGUUUCCAAUUUUCAUGGGUUGAAAACUGGUUCUGUGGAUGAAGUUAGUUGUUGUACUCCUAAAAGUGGGAGGAAUAUUCCAAUCCCUGCUUCUAGGAUUGUGGGUUUUAAAUCACAUGGAAUGAUUUCUUUAAAUAAUGAAUUUGAGAUUCUUUCUGCUGAUCAUGUGUGUUCUUCUGCUGUUGAUGGUGUCACGAUUAAUGAGGCUGAGUCAAGUGGAUCCCUUGUCAGGAAGCGGUUACUGUCAUCGCCUUUAAAUGAUAUGCUUUCUGCAAAACAAUUUAAUGGUGAAUCUUUGGAUAUCAGCUGCAAUACUUCUCGGAUGAGUUGCCCUACUCAUGCUGAUCAUUUCAAAGGUUCUGCGUCACAUGACUACAAGAAACCAAAUGUUGGUAGAAAAAUUCAUAUUAGUGUGCCAUCUCGAUCCUUAUCUGACUGCUGGGAACAAAAGAAUGUGCCAUGUGACAAUAGUGCUAGGAGGUCUGUUUGUUUGACUGAUGGUCCAUUAUUGGAAAAAAAUGAUGCGCUCUCUUGCGUUAAUUGUUUGUACUCUCCUGGACACAAUCAUUACCUAGAGUCUAAGGUAUCCUCCCAAAAGGGAUUUUCAUCUCCACUCUCUCUGUCUCCUCUAGGUCCAAAGUCUUGUGUAAGUAUGAGUACUGCAGGAGGAUGCAGAGAGGUCAAGAGCCAAUUUGAGGAUUGCUGUUUGAAUUUAGAAAAAAUAGGGCAUUCAUUUGACAAAAAUGACUCAGCCAUUAACUUUGCUUCUGAAGAAGCGGAGUUCAGGAUCUCAAGCAGAUCAUUUGAAGAUAUUGGCUUCUGUAAAGAGUUUUGUCCAUCUUCCUUGGAAGGCACUACUGACUCAGGUUGGUCACCUUUAUGUCGAGAAUCUGCUCCAGCCCAAUGCAUAAGGCAACUGAGAAGUUUGGGUGGUCUUUCUGUUAGGAGGUCCUUGGUUGGUUCAUUUGAGGAGUCACUACUGUCUGGACGGUUUUUUUGUGGAAGAUUCACUCAGAGAAUUGAUGGCUUCCUAGCUGUUUUAAGCAUUACUGGAGGGAACUUUUCACCGCAAUCACAGAAGCUUCCAUUUUCAGUGACCAGUGUAGAUGGAGAUUGCUAUCUACUGUAUUAUGCAUCCAUAGAUCUUAGUAGAAAUUCAUCAUCAAGCAAGUGUAGGGAACAAAAAUUUAAAAGAUGCCUAAGCAAUGAUGAUUCUCAAAUUGUUAGGAGUCGCUUGCAUAUACCCAUGAAAGGUCGAAUACAACUGGUUAUCAGCAAUCCGGAGAAAACUCCUCUUCACACAUUCUUUUGCAACUAUGAUCUGAGUGACAUGCCUGCUGGCACCAAAACAUUCCUGCGCCAGAAGGUCUCUUUGGCUUCUUCCGGACCAACUUCGACAGAACUGAAACAAGGACAGAUGGGUUUGGACACAAAAGUGAAAGACAAGGUGUCACCAGUAUCACAGAAAAGCCAUCCUGUAUACCCUGCAGCUUCUGAUGGCCAGAAGAGUAAAAUUAAAGGAAGUGAAUCCUGUGAUAUAGUGGAUGUGGUUGAUGCGAGGAGUUUCCCCAAGCAAUCUCGAAAUGUAGAGAAGGUGACUGUGGACUCUUUGAUGCUUGAGGCCAACUGCAGUGCUCCUAAAUGCCAGAGGACUGCAGGGAAGGAGUCCGCUGGGGUGGAAACAUGCAAUAAAACCGACAGAAAACCAACUCACUGUUGUUCAAAGAUAAAUGAAAAUACUCCCGGUGGUGGUGCUCUUCGUUAUGCACUUCAUCUCCGUUUUCUAUGCCCUUCACCGAAGAAAUCUUCUAAAUCAGUUAAGAAAUGCAUAUCUGAUCCUAUAGCUAUACCACAAAAGAUGAGCUUAGGUGUAGAAGGGGAGCGUAGGUUCUACUUAUACAAUGACUUGAGAGUUGUGUUCCCUCAACGCCAUUCAGAUGCUGAUGAGGGCAAGUUAAAUGUAGAUUACCAUUUCCCGGAAGAUCCAAGGUACUUUGACAUCAGCAACUGAAACAUCUAAGUCAUCUCAAUGGAGCUGGAUUCUUUGCUGACACUGUAAAUGUUUCUUUUUAGUCAUCUCAUCUCGAAAUGACUGACUGGCAGACGACUAGCCCCAUACAAGCUGUAAAUACCUCAAUUUAAUAAUUAGUGGGUUAAAGUUUUACAUUCUUAAGC